ACGAGAAACUCUGUAAACAUAAAGUUAAAAAAAAGCGAAACGGUCAAAAGUUAUAUAAAUCUGAAUAAAAUUACAAGAAAAAAAUUUGAAAAUUUGAAUAAAUCUAAUAAAAAUAUUAAAAUUUUAAAUCAAAUAUUGAAAAAGAGAAAUUGAAAUUUAAGUGCUUUUACAACUUUUAAUUACAAAAGGUCUAUAAAAAUUAUUGACGAAAACGCAAAAGUCAUUAAAAAAUUAAAAAAGUUUAAAGUCCAAUUUAUAAUAUUCUGGACAAAUUUCUUGCUAAAAUUUUAACUUAAACAUGCAUCAUAAACCUCAACUUCUUAUUGCAAUAAUGGCUGCUUUUGCCUGGAACGUGAUGCCAUUUAGUCUUCAAUUUAUGGGGAAUAUGCAGCAUCCGGAUCUACCAAAUCACUGUUAUUUUGAAGAGUAUAACAUUACCAUACCGGUAAAUAGAACAGUUUAUCCUACUAAUUUGGAUGCGGUAUGUUUCAAGGUCUAUUGCCGGGAAGACUAUGUAUUGCAAAUUAAACAUUGUGAUCGUAUGAUGGCUCCCCGACACUGUGAUGAAAGUCCCUAUGACUUUAGUAAACCUUAUCCUCAAUGUUGCCCCAUUCUUAAAUGCAAAAAUGAUAUUUAUUUUUAAGAAAAAUUUAAAUUGUUUUUAUUUUUAAAUUAUUUAUAUUUUAUUAGUAUUAUGGAUUAGUUGGUG